AUAAAUGAACACUAUCAAUCCAAGUAUUAACAAAAAUAUGGGUCAAGAAGAAAACAAAAACAAAAGGCUUUAGGCUGAAUAUUCAUUGUUUUUAAAUUUUGUUUUUAGUCUUUGUUUCAGUUAAUGAUGACUAUUUAUAAAUUUUGAUAACUCUAAGAAGAAAAAAUGCACUUUUCAAGGCUAUUCAAGUGCUUAGCGGUUUUCUCUGUCAUUACACUUGUAGUUUCGGUCAAGAGGCACUUCAAAAGAAGUCCAAGUUUAAAAUUCUUCGAGAAAAGAUUUUUAGACAAGACAGGAAAGCAAGGCGAGGAAAAUGUAAUGCUGAGAAGAUUGAGAAGAAAAAGCAGCGAAACGAAACUUCUGGAAACAGUGCAUGAGAACCUUGGGGACUCGAUUGAGCUUUUUACAAAUCAAGAGCAGUUACUACACAGCUACACACAAGGGUUAAAUGGUGAUAAGCAUGUCUUAGAGAAAAAUGAUCAAGACGUGCAGAAAGAAGAAAAUAAUAGUCAAUACGCAGACGAUUUUGAGAAUGAGAUGGAAAGUACGAAGACACAACAAAAGCAGGUUGAAACGCGGCCACAAAAUCGAGUAGCUGCUACCGGAGUUUCCAGCCAAGGACCAGAUUAUAAGAACGCAAAAUUUGCCGAUGAUUAUGAGAAGGAGAUGGAAAAUGCGAAGAGAAAGCAAGUAAAAGACGGUGAAAGUCAAGAUAGGGAUACUGGGGAUGUUGCGGGUGUGGAUUUAAGUACAAGAACAGAACAGAAAAAUGCAAAAUAUGAGGAUGGGUAUGAGAAGGAGAUAGAAAAUGCGCAGACAAACGAAAACCAACAAUCAAACAGCAAUUAUAAAGGUUCGAGUGAUGGAAACAAGGUGAAAUACGCUGAAGAAUUCGAGAGAGAAGUAGGGAGUGAAAUAAUGCAUGCAAAACCAAUAAAUCAAAACAAAAAAAGCAACAACGAUAAAGCAACGACAGAAAAUGUUUUGGAGAAACAAGAAAUAAACGAAAAGUUAAGAAACGAUAAAAAGUUCGCAGAUGAUUUUGAGAAGGAAAUGGAAAGCUCAUCACAAGGGAAACACCAACAGAACAAAAAACAAAAUAUAAUAACAAAUACCUGGAGUCAAGGGCCUGGGAAUGAUUCAGUAACAAGUAGUGAAAGCAUGAAUAAUGUUAAAGCAGCGGCAAAUACACUUCAGGUUAAACCGCUGACCAAUAUUGGUUAUCAAGAUCAAACACAAAAUGUGAUGUCCAAAGAAGACGGUUCACAAACAUACAGUAAUACAAGUGCGAAAAUAUCGCCUACAGAAAUAAAAGUAGGUCAAGUCGAAGCGGUAAAUUCUAAUCAAGGCCAAGGUCAAGCUAAACUCGGUUCAGAUCAAAUGGAUUCGACAAGCAAAAAUAUUUCCUUAUAUGGAAACCAAACCAAACCUGGUCAUGUGACUGGUGUAGCAACAUUUUAUAAAGUAGGGGAGCCAAUCUAUUUCAAUCAAAACAAUCACGUGACUAACGCCACUGCAGAUGAUACGGCAACUCCAGCUUACACUGAUCGUGUGAAUUCCCCAUCCCCUUUUAACAGUAAUGUUACAGCCACACAAGGAAUGUCAAGCCAACCUGUCAAUCAAACAAAUCACGUGACUUUAAAUGUCCCAUCGGCAGUAGAGCAACAACAACCUUUGAGCAUGGCUGACAACGUUACAACCACGGCAAUAAAAGUCCCAAGCCUUAAUGAGACAAGCCUGAAGCCUUUCAGCGCAAGCAACAGUAAGGAAACAACAGUGGAAGCGAUAGCACUGAACAGCAAGGGGGAGGGCGCGAUGGCAGAUGAUGGUCAUAAGAAUGCUAGUAAAUGUGCUGACUCUGAGGGUAGCACGGAGGAUUGUAAAGUCGAGCCGUUACCUGUACAAGGAGUGCUUUUCAAUCCAUGUUUGAACGGAGGGAAAAUCUGCGCGUCGCCGUACACCUCGAUGGCUUGCUGCUGUCCAGCCGGAUUUAAGGGGGAGAAAUGUGAAGAGCUGAUGUACUGUAGAAACGACUCUAAUCCUUGUAUGAACAAUGGAAGUUGCAUCGAGACAGACUAUGGCUUCAGAUGUAUCUGCAAAGAGGGAUAUGCAGGGAUUGUUUGUGAUGCUGUUACAUACUGCAAGCCGAACCCUUGUAAGCACGAUGCCUCGUGCGUAGAACAACCCAGUGGAUUCCACUGCUUGUGCCCUCAUGGAUACCAAGGAACAAAAUGUGAAGACGUUGAUCCAUGUGCUACAAAUCCGUGCUUCAACGGUGGCAUCUGUACUGAAGUUAAAGGAAAAGCAAACUGCACAUGUCUUAGUAAAUACAAAGGCCCUUACUGCCAAGAUGAGCUUAUUUGCUUUCAAAAUCCUUGUCAAAAUGGAGGAAGAUGUGUCGAGAAUAAACUGCUGCCGUGUGUCUGCGCCCAGGGAUACAACGGUCGCUACUGCACGGAGCACGUCUGCUCUUCUAAUCCAUGCGAAAAUGGAGGGCAAUGUAAAGUGAUCCGCGCCAAGACUGGAGGUGACGGCUUUUGGGGAUACAAAUGCGCCUGCUCUAUAUACUACACUGGGAAGCACUGCGAAAUUCCCCAUUACUGCGUCAAAAAUCCCUGCAAGAACGGUGCCACUUGCAUCGAUCCUUACGGACAAACAAACAACUCUAAGCGCUGGGUGGUUCAUGCGCAUGCGUACCCCUACAUAUGCCAGUGUGUACCAGGAUUUACCGGGAAACAAUGUGAAACGGACAUCUGCUCACUUUGUGGUACGCAUGCUCAGUGUGUGAAUCACCGCUGUGUCUGUGCAGCUGGAUUUGUGGGCGAUGGUUAUGAGUGCAAAACUGUUAAACAACCAUGCUCACCAAACCCUUGCCAUAACAACGGCACAUGUGAAAUUGGACCGGAUAUGACGUAUGACUGUGUGUGUUCAAAGGGCUAUUGCGGGCGUCAUUGCGACGAGCCUUGUGACCAGUGUAAAAUUCACCCUUGCAAAAAUGGCGGGAAGUGCUAUCUCCGAGCAUCGGGCGAGCGCUACUGCGUCUGCGCACCUCCAUAUACGGGAAACGACUGCUCAGUCAAGAAAGAAAACCUAUGUGAGCCAAACCCGUGUCUCCACAAGGCAGUCUGUCAAUACUCCGAGGAUAAACAUGACUACACGUGUGUCUGUCCAGGACACUUCACAGGGAAGCACUGUGGCCAGUGCAACUGUCCAAAAGCGCAGCCACUCCCUGAUAAGAAAACUUGGGAUGCGGUUUGUGAUGCUGUUGGGGAUUGCAGAUGCCCGGAUGUCGAGGGUUCACAGCUGACACUCACAGAGAAAGGAUGUGUGGUUGGGGCGAGUAACCAAAAGUGUCCCUACAACACAUGCUUGAACGGAGGCACAUGUGUGAUAGAGAGAGGUGCCGAGGUGUGUUACUGUAAGUCCCCGUACUAUGGGGAUAAAUGCCAGUAUCUGUUUUGCAAGGAAGCACGUCCGUGCAAAAAUGGUGGAACAUGUGUUGAUACCGGCCCCAAGUUAUACGCGUGCAGAUGUGCACCGGGAUAUACAGGAAAAAACUGCACAGAACCAAGCCCUAUAGUAGAGCCACACUGCUUGCCUCACCCUUGUAAGAAUGGCGGAAGGUGCAUUGAAAGACAGUAUGGGUACGACUGUCAGUGCGACGUACGCUACACCGGUCCACAUUGUGAAGUUGACCGCUGUGCCGACUGUGAUGCGAACGCGGAAUGCUGUGAUGGACACUGCACCUGUCGUUAUGGUUACGUAGGAACGGGCUACAUCUGCGAGAGAGAUAACGAUGUGCCUCUGACGUGUACCCCUCCCUGCCCUGUUAGCCACGAGUGCAUACAGGGCCAGUGCGUCUGCCUACCCGAGGCUGUCUGCUGACCACUCCAUGACACAACGCAGGCUUAACUCCAAAAAGGUUUACGUCCACGACCGUAGCAGGCCUCGAAAUAUUGGACGUGUGUGUGUGUGUGGUGGGGGGGGGGGGGGACAGAGUACAGAAACAUUAAAAACAUAUUGGGGGGGGGGGGGGUCACAGCCACGCCCCUGCUGGUCAUUUCCUUAUAAUUUUUCAAAAGAUUGGGGGGCACGUGCCCCCAGUGCCCCACCCCCUGCUAGAGCCUUGACGUUUCAAAAGUAACUCUCAUUUAACUAGUUGAUACAACUGUAAUUCAGUUAACAUAUAUUCCGUCGUCAUUAUUUGAAAAAUAAUGUACAUUUAUCGUCUUGAACCCCCACCUCCCUUCUACCCAAUUCAGCCCCCCCCCCCCCAUCUUAGAUUUAGCCUUCCCUCUAACGCCUUAAAUUAGAUAAAAACAAAAAACACACUGGACACGAUCUUUAAUGUUUUUUUUCCUCAUUGAUACUUUUAUUGAAAAAAAUUAAUUGACCUGGUUGCUAAACAUGUAUGAUAUGACUUCAUAUACAGUUGACCGUAAAACGAAUAUUUUACAUACAAAUCUUAAUUUUAGAACAUCUUUUUACGAUGUACAUGACAGUCUUGAUAUAAAAGUUACUCUCGGGUGUACAUAAUUUUUAAUAUCAUUUCACAUAAGUGGGGUUUUCCUUUGUGCCCUGGCAUCUCUUGGUAAUUCAAAAGAUAUUCAAGACCAUGAUCAAAUGUUAAAACCGUAAACUACGUGGAUGCUCGCACUGUAUAAUGCGUACAAAAAUGUCAAGAAGCAAUAAUUAUUAUACACAAUCAUAAUACAACGCCUGUUAUGAAUACACAUGUAAACAUAUUCUGUGAAGUUAUACUUGAUACAAGCACGUUCGUCAAGCACAGGGCAGAUCGAUGUGCACAUUCGUCUCAUAUGGGACGCAGCACUAGACCUUAACGCAGCUAUGAUUUUGUAAGUGAUAUCCCUUGAUACAAGCACAGUCUCCAUCAACGCAGUACGCGUUAAGAGGACACAUGAAGCACUUGCUCUCCGCUAAAAAGAAAAUGAAGUAAAUAACCAAUCAAAGUAAACCUGUCAGAUGAUGGCGCAUGGUAUGGUCACCAUAGGGGCGAAGCGAGCAAUGAUUUCCAGCUACGCCCAAAGUGGAUCCCCCGGAGCUCACCUUACCAUAUAUUAGAGAGUUUAAGCAAGUCAACACGAACUGCACCAAAAACGGCGCGCGCGCUCACGAAUUGCUGAAAAACGGCGUUGACGUCCGUGACAGGAAAUGUCGAACGGCAUUUUCCCAAUUUUUACGUUCUACGCGCGCGGUCACGGACGUCAACACCGUUUUUCAGCCAUUCGUGAGCGAGCGCGCCGUUUUUGAUGCCGUUCGUGUCGACUUGCUUAAGCUCUCUAUUAUUAGGGGAGGGUGGCUUUUUUAUUACUAGAUACGUUGGAUCUAAAGCCCAUGGAAACGGCUCCAGUAUCAUUUGUCAGGUAAUGUCAGUGAUCUACUUCAGAGCUGUUGUGAAGAUAUAUGUAGUUUCAAGAUACCUUUCAAUUUGGUGAUGACGUAACAGUGUAAUUAGCUAGCUCACAAUGUUGUUUUAGUUGGAAAUAAACAUGUAAAACACCA